AUGAAUAAUUACUUGAGUGUUUUAAAAUAAAUAACUCAUGAAAAAUAUCAAUAACUCAUUUAAAAGGAAAAUGUUAAUUAAAAUGCUGUUUUAGCUUCUAUAUCAUUAGUUUAAAAUGAGUAAGAUAUAAUUUUGUGUUCUUUGGGAACAGGAUCAAAAGCUGUAGGAUUAAAUCAUAUGAAUGAAUAAAAUCAUUGUUUACAUUCUUGCCAUGCUGAAGUAAUUGCUAAAAGGGGAUUUUAAUUAUGGUUAUAUGAAAUAUUCUCAAACCCUGAUGAAAUUGAUAGAUAUUUUGAAAAACAAGAAAAAAAAUAUUAAUUAAAAAAAGAAUAUAAAGUUUGCUUUUAUGUUACUUAACCACCUUGUGGCUAAGCUUAAUUAUUUCCAGAAUCACAAAUAUAUGGAUUGAGUGCUGCAAGACCUUUUUCAGAAUUUUAAAAAGAAACUGAAAAUAUUCCAAAUUGUGAUCCCAAAAGAUUAAGAAGCACCCCUGCAAAUUCUAAAACACCUAUUUAAUAAAAAAAUCCAAGUUUUUGUUGUACAGAUAAACUUAUGAUAUGGAAUGUAGUUGGAAUUUAAGGGGCUUUGCUUAAUAAAUAUAUUAAUCCUAUUUAUAUAGAUAAUUUAAUCAUAGAGUUUAGGGAAAAGUUUAGUUUAAAAUAAGUAUUUGAUGUUAGAAAAAGAUCUGGAAAAAGUAAAAAUGAUGUUUUAAAAAUAAAUAAUAAAUCAAUUAGCAAAUCAUUUCGAAUUCAAAAACCAAAACUAAUUUAUACAAAAAAGAAUUUAUUUCCCUAUAGUCCCUAUCAUCCGAAAAAUGAUGAAUUAAAUAAAAGAAUAAAUAGAGAUAUAAACUAAUAAAGCCUUUAAUCAUUUAGUUAUUUGUAUGUGAAUUCUUUUGGAACAGAAAAAAUUAAUUCAAUAAAUGGUUUAAAGUGGGGAAUUACCAAAAAAGAUAUAUAAAAAUUGUAAUUUUUACCAAAAAUAACAAAAUAUCAUUUGUUUUAAAAAUUCAAAGAAUUAUAUGGAUCUCUUGAGUCUAAACACCUUUAAUGUAAUUAUAGAGAUGCAAAAAAUAGUAACAUUAAAUACCUUUGCUUAAAAAUGAAUAUAAAAAAAUGUUUUUAAGAAUGGAGUUUAGAUAAGACAUAAUUUGAGCAAUUUUAAUUAUGA